AAAAUAGGACAUUCGUCUUGUUAGAAACAAAAGCUUUGAAAAGAAACGCGAUAAUUAAUCAAAAAUCCCAAACAAGCCCCUUAAGUUUCAUCAAAAACUCUAAUACUGACUAGAUCAAUGGAUAAAGAAAAGAAAAUAACAGAAGAAGAAGGGAGCCCAGAAAUUGAAGAAGAACCCAUUGAAGUUCCUCUCUUUCAAGUUCCUGAAUGUUAUGUUUACUUGAUCCCUCCAAGGAAGAGUGCAGCUUCAUACAGGGCUGAUGAAUGGAAUGUUAACAAAUGGGCAUGGGAGGGUACAUUAAAGGUUUUAAGCAAGGGAGAAGAGUGCAUCAUCAAACUGGAAGACAAGGAAACAGGUGAAUUGUAUGCUCGGGCAUUUCUCAGAGAUGGUGAACCACAUCCAGUGGAGCCUGUAAUCGAUAGUAGCAGAUACUUUGUUCUUCGGAUUGAAGAGAACAUUGGUGGUCGCCUCAGACAUGCUUUUAUUGGCAUUGGAUUUCGAGAAAGACCUGAAGCCUAUGACUUCCAAGCUGCUCUUCACGAUCAUAUGAAAUACCUGAAUAAGAAGAAAACUGCAGAAGAGAUGGAGCAGCAAUACCAAAAAUCCUCAUCAGUUGACUACAGUUUGAAAGAGGGGGAAACCCUGAAACUUCAAAUAAAGAAUAAAACUGGUGGCAGCACCAUAAGGUCCAAGUUCUUUGAGCAGGGCCUAAAUAAUCUAUCGUUGGAGGAAAAGGCCAACCGAAAGGAUUCGACAAUAUUAAUCAAGCCACCACCACCUCCUCCAGCACCACUUUCACCUGUUGAUACUGCUGCAAAAUCUCCCCCAGUAUCACCAUCCAAAUUUAGUCUUGAGCAAUCUGCUGAAACCAAGGACUCCGCGUCAGCAAAAGAUCAGCCAAAUAAAUCAGAAUCACUUAAAGAUCAAGGUCCACAAGAUGUUGAAGAUGAUGACUUUGGGGAUUUUCAAGCAGCUGGAUGAAUAUUUUGUUGGAAACUCAGUACAAUUGGAAAACUAAAGUUCUAAAGUUCAUACUAGAUGCUGUUGUUGAAUGCCUUGGUACAUAAGAUGUGUAUUAUAGUUUCAACUCCAAAUCUUUACUGUCUUGCCUAUACACCUUGCCAAAGUGCCUUUCAUUUUCUUCAAAGCAAUUUUUAUUUGGUGGGAAGUAUAAGUUCUCUGCUAAAAUCAAUUGAUUGUACUCUAUGAAGUCGGUUUUCUAAUCA